AUGAACGGAGUUAAUGGUAAUGGUGUUGGGGGUGGUAAUGAAGUUAAUAGCGUUCGAAGUGUGGUAAAUGGAGUCGCUAGUGUAAAUAACGGCGUCACAAUAUCAAAUAAUGGAUAUCCUCAGAGACAAGGACCAGUUUCAAUUCAGCGGCAACUUCACGCACGGGCUCAAGCUCAAUUAGCACGGCUUCCACCUACUAUACAUCUUCACACAUUACGUGGCGCUCCACAAAAUCCCAGUGUUGGAGGAAUGGUUGGCAUGAACCCAACUUCUAAUGUAAGAAAUAACAUUCCCAUGUCGUCAUUGACAGUCAAUGACAACAUGUCACGAAACAUGCAACCGAUGAUGAUACGUGGUGGAGUACCUGUGAAUGUGACUCAAUCUGUAGCCAUGAGUCAAUCACAAGGCAUAAACAAUGCGCAUAUUGCAGCAGCAAGCGCGAACAAUAGUCUCGUGAAUAACUCUGGCCUACAAUCAGCCGCAUCACCGAUGGUACGAGGGGUUGUGCCACAAAUGAUACGUGGUCCGCCACAAAUCACUAAUAACAAGCCUCCACAACAACGAUUUAAUGGUGUCCAAAAUAUCCCACAAAACGGGUUCCAACAAACUCCGAUUCAAAUCCAACAGACACCAAUGCAGUUACCUAACCAUCAUCAAAUAAUGCCAUCUCAAAUGCGACCCGGUCCGCAGCAUAUACGUGGAAAUCUCCACUUGCCUGGCGGUGCCCAAAUGCACACGAAUCAAUUCAUGUAA